CAUUCCCUGUUUUCAGUGUUUUCCAAGUUUGGGCCGCUCUACUCCGUGCGAGCACACAGAAAUGCUGCUGUGGCAGGGCCUGGAUAUUACGCCAUCAUCAAGUUUUAUUCAGCUGGAGAUGCUAGCAGAGCCCAGCGCGCGUGCAACGGGCAAAGGCUGUUUCAGAAAUCUCCCUUGAAGGUUUGUGUUUGCACCAAGCAGAAGGGGUUUCAGCAACAAGUCCUUGCUCUCAACAGCAACAAGUGCCAGGAGUUGGCCAACCAUUACCUUGGCUUUAACGGCUGGUCCAGUCGCAUCAUCACACUGCAGAAUGUAUCUGGAUUUGGCAUUGAGAAUGAGGAACUGGGAAAGACAUUACAGAAGCGAUCAGUGAAAUACCUGUGUGCUGUAGAGGUGACACUGCCCAACCAUGGAGUACGCACAAGGGGAGUUGCCCUUGGCAAGGCAGAUAUAGAAAACAGUGAAGAUCCUCUCGAGUUUGUCACAGCCACAAGAAGAGUUCAGAAACUCGCUGUUGGGAAAGCUUUGUCUAGUGCUUUUCAGAAGAUACUCCUCGUAGUCUUAGAGAAUGGGAAAGUGGCUGUGGAGCACAAUUCCUCCCCACAGGAGCCCACAGACUCCUUAACAGAAGAGGAACUGAAGGGGCUUGUUCAG